AUGACCCCCUUUCCCAACAAGGAGACCAAGACCGUGCAAACCAGAUUGCAUCCCCAGCCUAUACAGCCCUGCAAGUACACCACUCGGCAGGCUUGUAAGCCUCCGGCGCCGACGCAUCGGUUCGCGCCCCCUCCCAACAAUCUCAGGGGCUCUUAUCAUGAAGGAUAUCCGGAUAGCAAGGCUUUCCCCUCACGAACCGUCAAGGUCCCCGGUCUCCAGUUGAUGGCCGCCUUCUCGUCAGCAUCGGACCUUCGUCCGAUCCCGCGAUGUUCUGGUUCCGCCGCUGCCGUUCGCCAAGGAGACACCAAUCCUCUGAUCCUCAUUGCACCAACAGACGAGCAGGGUUCCGAAAAAGCAAUAUCUUGUUCGAUUCUACGAGAGGCCUGCGCUAAUAGGUCAGUCGGCCAAUCCGGUUGGCUUGGUGUCAGCUCGGAUGUUUUGGAAUGCCCUCCCGGGGCGCCCAACUCUCAAGUCCCAACUCAAUUCAGGGCUCUGCUUCUCCAAAAACCAGGCACAGGGAACAAGCAUUCUGCAAAUGGCGCGAGCACCUCUAACGACAGCAAACAUUGCGGAGAGUGGGGAUGA